UGCAUCCGGAGCGCAGCAGCAUCGGGUCAUGGAGGAGGUGUCCUCGGCUGAAUGAAGUACGGGAGAGUAGCUUUCAGCUGAGGAGCUUUGCACUGCUGCAUCGAUGUACACGGAGGUGUCACCUGUAGUUAAGGAGGACAACACUCCCGUGUUAAUGUUUUUGUCAGCGGGACGUUGAUCCUCAGCCCAGCGCAUUUACGCAGACAGCCAGCUCUACCAGGACCCGCAGGGGGGCUGUGAGAGCAUCGCGCCGGCGUGGGCUUCGUGUUCUUAUCGCGGAGAAGAUGAACAUCCAGAUCCUGCCGGAGCACAAACUGUCAUCGGUCGCCCCGCUGAAACAGUGCGAUGUGGAGAAAAAAGAGGUUGAACUGAUCCUGGUGAAGGACCAGAAUGGUGUCCAGUACACCAGCUCCUCCAUUAUCCCCACCCCUGGGAACGGCGUGGGUCUCCCCGGACCAGCUUCCGACCCCGAACGAGAAACUUGGGGCAAGAAAAUAGACUUUCUCUUGUCCGUUAUUGGCUUCGCGGUGGACUUGGCCAAUGUCUGGAGAUUUCCAUACUUGUGCUACAAAAACGGAGGAGGUGCCUUCUUGAUCCCGUAUACUCUCUUCUUGGUAAUUGCUGGGAUGCCACUGUUCUACAUGGAACUUGCCUUGGGCCAGUACAACAGGGAGGGGGCAGCUACAGUUUGGAAAAUAUGCCCCAUCUUUAAAGGUGUGGGCUACACUGUGAUUAUCAUAGCCCUGUAUGUUGGCUUUUACUACAACGUCAUUAUUGCCUGGUCCCUCCACUACCUGUUCUCCUCCAUGACACGCGAGCUUCCAUGGCUCAAUUGUGGCAACAGCUGGAACAGCGUGAACUGUACCGACCCUAACUACAUCAAUGGGUCUGUCCUCGGCAAUGGCACCUAUGCCAAGUACAAGAUCACCCCAGCAGCAGAGUACUAUGAACGGGGUGUGUUGCAUCUCCAUGAAAGUCGAGGUAUCCAGGACCUGGGCAUGCCUCGCUGGGACCUAACUCUGUGCUUAGUUGUGGUGGUCUUCAUCCUCUACUUUAGCUUGUGGAAAGGUGUGAAGUCUUCAGGGAAGGUCGUGUACAUCACAGCGACUAUGCCCUAUAUCGUCCUGUUUGUGUUGCUCAUCAGGGGCAUAACUCUACCAGGAUCCAUGGAGGGAAUCAAAGCGUAUCUCAACAUUGAUUUCAACCGACUCAACAACCUAGAGGUGUGGAUCGAUGCUGCUACCCAGAUAUUCUACUCACUGGGAGCAGGAUUUGGUGUCCUCAUUGCAUUUUCCAGCUAUAACAAGUUUAACAACAACUGCUACAGGGAUGCUCUCCUGACCAGCACAGUAAAUUGCGUCACCAGUUUCUUCUCAGGGUUUGCAAUAUUCUCUGUCCUGGGAUAUAUGGCUCAAAAACAUAAUGUGAGCGUCCAGGAUGUAGCAACAGAAGGGGCAGGUUUGGUAUUUAUCAUCUAUCCUGAGGCAAUUGCAACACUACCUGGUUCAACGUUUUGGGCCAUUGUGUUUUUCAUCAUGUUGCUAACUUUGGGCAUUGACAGCUCGAUGGGCGGCAUGGAGGCGGUCAUUACAGGCCUGACAGAUGACUUCAAGAUUCUCAAGAGGAACAGAAAGCUGUUCACCUUCGCCACGGUUUUUGGAACCUUCCUCGUUGCCUUGUUUUGCAUUACUAAUGGUGGGAUCUACAUUCUCACAUUGUUAGAUAAGUAUGCAGCAGGGACCUCCAUACUUUUUGGUGUGCUGAUUGAGGCCAUUGGAGUGGCAUGGUUUUAUGGUGUGGACCGCUUUAGUGAAGAUAUCGAACGAAUGAUGGGCUUCAAGCCAGGACUUUACUGGAGGCUAUGCUGGAAAUUUGUCAGUCCAGCUUUUCUGUUGUUUGUCGUAAUAGCCAGUACGCUGACAUCAGGAGGCCUGAGAUAUGAUGACUACACCUUCCCUUAUUGGGCCAACCUUGUGGGCUGGGGAGUAGCUAUGUCCUCCAUGCUGUGUGUUCCUUUUUAUGCCAUCUAUAAAUUCUGCAGUGUACCUGGAACUUUCAAACAGAAGAUAGCCUACUGCAUCACUCCAGAACAUGAGCAUCAUUUGGUGGCCGAUGGAAAUGUGCGGCAAUUCAAACUCAAACACUGGCUGGCCAUUUGAUCACAAAUACGCAGGACCCCAUCAUCCAUCAUUUGGAUUUCCUGUGUGCCACCCGUGGUUGGACUAAAAAGGAGAGCAGUCGGCUCCAGUUUCUCUCAGCAGCUUCUUUCUUCUCCCCAUGCAUUGACCACUCAAUGCCUUCAAUGGCUUCAAGCACUUUGAUUUCAGGGUUAAGCCUGUUAGCAUACUGAAAGAAUUCUACCACUACAGGUUUGAAAGUAGGGGUGCCCAAUGGAAAAAUUAGCUGUUACUAUUUCAAGGAAAAAUAUACGGAGUUGAUGUAAAGACCAAAUUAAAUUGCAGCUUUCACUAUAUGGUUAUGCACAGAUUUUAAUAUCUCUGUUACUUCUUAGGGUGGACAAAAUUCCCAGUUUGACAUCAAACAUUUCAAUCAUCCCUUUGUAUUAAUAGACAGGGGACCAAAACAUUUUGUUUGAUGAGGUGUCCAGCUAUUUACUACUCACUCCCUGAAGUGAGAAACAUUUUGUUCUUUCCAUUCUGUUAGCACAGAGGCUUAUCUCUGUCAGUGCCUUAUUAAGCAAGACACUCCAUGUUUUCUACAGUCUGUCCACAAACAAAAAGAGUCAACUGUGUUAACUCAGGAAACCACAGAAAUCAUAACAGUUUGUUGAUAGUGACCUCUUGGUUUUGACUCAGCUGUUUUGACAUUGCAUUCACGUAGUUGCAUUAAGUUCAACCUAAUUAGCAAAGAAAAAAAUAAACAGGACAGAUAAAAUGUUUAUGUGUUGCAUUGUAGAAUGAAAAAGGGAGUAAAACCAGACCAAAGACUUUAAAGAACCGUUGCAGGCUUUAUGGAUUAUUUGGAACAGUCUUAGUCCCCAGCUUUUGUCUCCAAGACUAAACUGGGACUUGGUCAGUGCCUAGCUGAUAACUUAAAUUCACCAAAACAAAUGGCAUUGCUUUUACUGAUGGUUUUGUAUUAUGUAACUUGGGCUUUUUAUUAUUCUUUUUUGUGCAGAUAUAAGGAAUAUGUGUGGCGUAUUCUUCAAAUGAACAAUGAGAGAAAGUAGAUAUACAGUGACAGAGAGAGAGAGAAAACGAGUGUAUGUGUAUUUUGUCUAUUGAUGGUUUGCUUUGGUGAAAAGUACAUACAGCAGAGGACUGAAAUUAAAAAUGCCUCUUAUAAUGUACUGUAUAUCAGAUUUUAUGGUAACUGCGUAGCAGAAACUUUAUGUUUUUAUUUGAAACAUAUGAUAUUUUGUAUUCUUCAUCAUGAUUAAAGUGCCAAUAUUUGUUUUAGAAGUUAUAUUCUUGUAAUGUAAUGAUCUGUUUCUUUUAUUACUUAUUAUUAUUUUUUUACUAUGGAAACAAAGUCAAGUUUAAUGUUGUUAAGAAAAUACUCUAACAGAAAAAGGAAUUGGGCCACAGAAAAAACGCAAAUAUAUGUGGACUAUAUAGGAAUACAUGAUAUAUAAAUAUAUCCUUUUGUUACAUUUAAUCUUGUAUUUAUCAAAUUGCUUAUAGCAAAUUGUGAAAGUAAAGUAUUUUAAAUGUAACUGUCCAUAGUCUUAACAUGUUGUUUGAUGUAUACCCGAGAGGAACUAUUUAGAAAAAAAAAAAAAGAUAUUCUUUAGUGUGCCCUGGGCUACUUUGUCUAAUGAAUGUGAUCAAAUACACCCUGGAUCUCCUGGACCAUGUUUACAGAACUGUUGUGUACAAUACCAAUGUCCAAUGGAACGUAAGUUACAGCUGUCUAUGAAGAAGUCUAAAGUAUUCACAAUAUAGAAAUAAAGAAUUUAUUCUACACA